AGGGAGCAGGAGGAGUCUCGUUCACACAGCAUCCACUCACCUGCCUCCAGUUCUCACACACAAGCGAGGGCACGAGAGUUAACAGAACGAUUGAAAAUCGACAGAAACCGGAGUAGAGCGAACGAUAAUUAGGGGAGAAGAAACGACAGUGGAGACUCAAAUCGAGAGACAAUCAAAGAACAACAGCAGACAUGGGCUGUAAGUUGCAGAAGCCUCGAGGGUCAGAUGAAGCUCCGGGGAAGAUUUUCUCCACCCUCAGAAGAGCACAAGUGGAGACACACUCAGGAGUGGCUUAUACAUAUCACUUCCUGGACUUCCUGUUAGGAAAAGAAGAGGUGGCAGUGUCCUCACUUCUGUGUCUGUCAUCUGUCAGAGAGCUUCCUCUCCAGGUGUGUGAGUUGUAUCAGAAGGGAUUCGUACUGGCUGCUGUCCAUCCCUUUGUUCACUCCUGCGGCCCUGCUAGUGCUAACCUUCAGAAGCAGUUACACCGAGCCGUGCUCAUCCGAGAAACCAACAGUGGUUCUGAAAGUGGCCUGCUAAACUGGGUUGAUCCUCAUCUCACGACAGACGUGUGUCACCUUGGCCACCAGGACCCUGACCCAGAAGUUAUACAGGGCUAUGUGAAAAAGAUGCAGGAUUUGGCUGAUCAGGGUGAUCUGUUCGUGGGUUUUUUGCCCCAACCCGGUGGAGGUCCAUAUUUCCUUGGUCACUGGGAACCAGAAGAUCUUUCCUCCUUGCACUCCAGCCCCUGUUCUGUGCAUCAGGGGCCCCCGACCCUCAGCCCUGCGAGCGAGCAGAGCCAACAGGAUAGAGACAAUGGUGAUCAUCGAAACCAGAAUCAUACAAACUUUAAUUCAGACAAUGAAGACAUUGUGAGCCACAGCUUUCAAAUACAAAGCCCUGAGAGCAGCCAGUGUUGGAAUAAUCACAAUCCGUUCACUGAGAACCAUCAGUGUCCAGAUUAUCAGCACUUAAACUUUGAAGGUGAUUGUACGCAGGCUGAGCAUUUAAAGAAGCAAGUGCCAUCACAUGAGUUUAUAUUACGCUCUUGUGCACCAGAGCCACAUCAGACUCAGAGUAUGAGAAUGCAGCCAAACUUGCCCUGCUGUGAUUUGGCAGAAAACAACAAAAGAGAACAGGUCAAAAGCCAAGACAAACACAGCAAGCGCACAGGAACCACACCGUUGCUGAAUCGUGUGCAGGUGUUCGCGCUGUACAAUCAUUCAAUAGUUCUGGCGGGAUCGCCAAAGUUCUUUUCUUUGAGGGUUCCACUGCAGGUGCGCAGGGAGGCGGGGCUUGUUAGCUCGUUUGACUCCCAUUGGCUGGACCACAUGACGCAGCACUUCAGAAGUGGCGCGCAACUCAUCGACGGCUACUUUCACCUGGGAGACGAUGGAGCAUCUCCUUCCACUGUGGACAGUGUUUUUAUCUUCCAAAGUGCUUCAGGUGAUGCCAGGCCAACCACAGAGUAUGACGCCAUUGUAGUUGAGCAAUGGACUGUUAUUGAUGGUGUUGCGGUGAAAACAGACUACAUCCCUCUGCUUCAGUCUCUGGCUCCAUAUGGCUGGAGACUAAUGUGUGUCCUGCCCACUCCCAUCGUCAAAAUGAAAAGGUUCCAAAUCCAUACUAACCACUUGAAGGAAGGGUUCACCAAAAGUACAAAUGUGCCAAAAAAUAAACAAAAAAGACCUGCAAAAAAACUCUUCUCAGGUUUGUCAAAAUUGAUACAGAUUUUAUUACCUCUGUUUUAUUUUUGUUUUAGUGAUGGAAGCUUGGCCACAAAACAGAUCCUCUUCCUCCAGAGACCCACGCUGCCUCGCAGGAGGAGAGACUUGAUGAAACUGCACCUCAGAGGUCAAAACAAAAGGAACUUAAAUAAUAAAAGGACACCAGAGAGGGAGAUAUCACCGCUGGCAACAAUUGAGAGAGAAAUUGAACGAAUGGAGAGAGAAAAUACAAGUCUGAUGAGACAACGUGAGAUUAUCCAGAAGGAAAAUGGGCAAAAUUUGCCAGAAAGCCCAGAGAGGAGAGAUCGAGCGGAAAGGAUGGUGGAAUUCCACAGCCAGAGGAUAGACAUCUCAAACAUCAGCCCUGCAAAACAGGAAGGAAUUACAAACUGCAAUCAGGAAUUAAAGCGCACAAUUACAUGUGGUAAACAUGAGGACGUGCGUGUGGUCAUAACAGAGAGAGCUUUAUUCUCUGGAGUGUGCUGA